AAGAAAAGAAAGAAAAAGAAGAAGCAGCUCAAUCCAUUGGUUUUCCUUUCCCGGUCUAAUACGAAAUCCAACAAAGGUUUGACUUGCAGCCAAACGAGUGUUUAUUGCAGAAUCGGGUUUCCCUUUGCUACUUACUACUCAGUAUUGAAUGGCGCACAUGUCUCACACCACACCUUAAUUAAUAAUAUACACCAAAAAACAGGAAAGAGAUAGACAACAACAUAACAAGAAGGAGAAGAGGUAGAACGAAGAAGAGCUAAGAAUAACAGAAAGAGAACAGAGACAAACAUCUUUAACCUCACCUAUGGAGUCCACACUAUCCUCCGUCACCGCCACCGCAACGACGACCAGUCUCUUCACCAUUUCCAAAGCCCUCAACCGCGGCGUCGGUGGCGGCGCCGUCGUCUCCAGAGCCGCUCUCACUGAGCACAGUGUCGCGGCUCGGCUCGUCGCUCGCCGACUCCGUUGCAUUUGCCAUUCGUACUGCCUUCAGAGGUCGCCGACUUUCGGCUCGGCGGCCUCGUUUUCUCCGCCGUCGGCGGCGUCUUCGUUGUCCCUGAGAAGUCUCUGCGCCGCGGCGGAGCUUCCCUUACGGCGCCGCAUCGGGAGAGCUUCCGGCUUCGCCGCCUCGUUUUCCUCCGGCGGUGGGAGUGGCGGCUUCGGUGGAGAGAGCGGCGGCGGAGGUGGCGAUGGAGGGAGUGGAUCUGACGGCGGCGAUGCGAAGUCAAAGAUUCCGGCGACAGGAGCUGAGGAUGUUUCGGCUAACCCUACAGAUGUCAUUAUUCUCGACGUCGGAGGGAUGACUUGCGGAGGAUGUGCAGCUAGUGUGAAGAGGAUUUUAGAAAGUCAACCUCAAGUGUCAUCAGCUAGUGUAAAUCUUACGACAGAGACAGCAAUUGUUUGGCCUGUGGCUGAAGCCAAGGUUGUGCCGGACUGGCAACAACAGUUAGGAGAGGCACUUGCUAAGCAUUUGACAAAUUGUGGGUUUAAGUCUAAUCUCCGAGAUUCAGGGGGAGAUAAUUUUCUUAAAGUUUUUGCACAGAAAAUGCAAGAAAAGCAGUGCCGCCUUAAAGAAAGUGGUCGCGAGCUUGCUUUCUCUUGGGCCUUGUGUGCUGUUUGCCUUUUUGGUCAUCUCUCUCAUUUCUUUGGAGCUAAGGCUGCAUGGAUCCAUGCAUUUCAUUCCACCGGAUUCCAUCUUUCCUUGUCUUUAUUUACGUUGCUUGGUCCUGGCCGGGAACUUAUUCUUGAUGGUAUGAAGAGCCUUAUAAGAGGGGCUCCAAACAUGAACACUUUGGUUGGUCUCGGGGCUUUGUCGUCGUUUACUGUCAGCACAUUAGCAGCCUUUAUACCAAAACUGGGUUGGAAGACAUUUUUUGAAGAACCAAUUAUGCUAAUAGCAUUCGUCUUGUUGGGGAGGAAUCUUGAACAGAGAGCUAAAAUUAAAGCAACAAGUGAUAUGACAGGGCUCCUUAGUAUUUUGCCAUCAAAAGCUCGUCUGCUGUUAAAUAAUGAUGAAAAAGAAUCUGGCUCAACAGUUGAAGUCCCAUGUAACAGUCUCUUAGUCGGAGACCUAAUUGUUGUACUACCUGGAGACCGUGUUCCUGUGGAUGGAAUUGUUAGAGCUGGAAGGAGCACCAUUGAUGAGUCAAGUUUCACUGGGGAGCCAUUACCAGUUACCAAACUACCUGGGAGCCAAGUUGCAGCUGGAAGCAUAAAUCUUAAUGGGACACUUACAGUUGAAGUGAGGAGGCCUGGUGGUGAGACUGCUAUGGGAGACAUUGUUCGUUUGGUAGAAGAAGCACAAAGCAGGGAAGCUCCUGUACAGCGCCUGGCUGACAAGGUGUCUGGACACUUUACUUACGGAGUAAUGGCCCUAUCUGCUGCUACAUUUUUGUUUUGGAGUCUAUUUGGGGCACGUAUUCUACCUGCUGCUUUACAUCAUGGAAGUUCAGUUUCAUUGGCAUUGCAGCUUUCUUGCAGCGUUCUGGUCAUCGCUUGUCCAUGUGCACUUGGCUUAGCCACACCGACUGCUAUGCUGGUUGGAACUUCAUUAGGAGCAAGAAGGGGACUGCUUUUGCGUGGUGGGAAUAUAUUAGAAAAGUUUUCAAUGGUGAACUCUAUCGUGUUUGAUAAAACCGGGACUCUGACAGUUGGCAGACCUGUUGUUACAAAGGUUGUGACACCCAGUGUACAACAGUCGAGCUAUUCUUGGUCAGAAGUUGAGGUUUUAAAGUUAGCUGCUGGAGUUGAAGCAAAUACCGUUCAUCCCGUCGGCAAAGCUAUUGUGGAAGCUGCUCAGGCUAUUAAUUGCCAGAAUGUGAAGGUAGCAGAUGGAACUUUUGUAGAAGAACCUGGCUCCGGUGCUGUUGCAAUCAUUGACAACAAAAAGGUGUCAGUCGGGACCUUGGACUGGGUUCAAAGAAAUGGAGUUAAUCAGAACCCCUUUCAAGUAGUGGAAAAUCAUCAGAAUCAAUCUGUCGUCUACGUUGGAGUUGAUAAUGAUCUUGCUGGCCUUAUUUAUUUUGAGGAUCAGAUCAGGGAAGAUGCUAGACAAGUUGUUGAAUCUUUGUCCAGACAAGGAAUUAAUGUAUAUAUGCUAUCUGGGGACAAAAGAAAUACAGCAGAAUAUGUUGCAUCUGUUGUUGGUAUCCCAAAAGAACAGGUGCUAUCUGAAGUAAAACCAGAGGAAAAGAAGAAGUUCGUUAGCAAACUUCAGGAGCAGAACAUUGUUGCCAUGGUUGGGGAUGGAAUUAACGAUGCCGCAGCCUUAGCAUCAUCACAUAUUGGAAUUGCCAUGGGUGCUAGUGUUGGAGCUGCUAGUGAUGUGUCUUCCAUUGUGCUAAUGGGCAAUAGGCUCUCACAGUUGCUUGAUGCUUUGGAGCUGAGUAGGCUAACCAUGAAGACUGUGAAGCAAAAUCUUUGGUGGGCUUUCGCAUAUAAUAUUGUUGGAAUUCCAAUUGCUGCUGGAAUGUUGUUGCCAGUUACUGGGACGCUGUUAACUCCAUCGAUUGCUGGAGCUCUCAUGGGUUUGAGUUCUAUUGGAGUGACGCUUAAUUCAUUGCUUCUAAGAUUUAGAUUUUCUGAAAAUCAGAAACAAAUUUAUGGAUCAUCUGCAAAACCCAUGGAUUACGUUAAUUUUGAUCUUCCCAAGGACCGAGAACAGAAAGUGAGGCGUCAUGUUUCUGAUGCUAGAUGGAAAGGUGCAUGAUGACAUUUGAAAAUGGGAAAUUUUCAUUUUAGUACCCUCUGUUGUAUCAGAAUUUGAGUUUUGUACCAUCUGUUUUUUAAA